UAUAAGAUCUCUUUGCCGCCGGGGAGAUGAUCGCCGCCAUAAGAGCAGCGAUUCUCAAGCCACAAGACUACUGUUCUCACCUCAAAACUGCCUUUUUCCAUUCUACUCCCAUCUUACAACGCAAACAUCAAUCCAAUUCGAAAGCUCGGAAAAGAAAGAGGGCAAAGCAAGAUUUGCGUCGUAAUGUGAAUGCUUUUGCAGAACACUUAUUUGGGAUUUGGAGUGAUGGUUUUGAUUACUCAAGUAAACACACCUCGUGGUUUCAGAAACAGUUCUCCAGGGUCUCCAAAAGAAAUCGUAAUGGUGGUAGUAGACACACUCCUCAACAUUUGGAUAAAAGAUGUUUUGAUUUUAGCCAAGUUGAUGAAGGAUAUGAAAUUGAAUACUUUUUACGGAAUGCAUUGGGUGGAUCUCGUGGUUUCUCUUGGUCAAACAACACUCAUCAAGAUGGGGGAGCUCGCUCAGGGAGGUAUUCUAACAACUUUAGAAAAUCUUGGGGCUCGAGGUAUCGAUUAGACCAAGAAGAAGAAGAAGAAGAGGAAGAUGAGUAUUCUUCAAGAGAAUUGAGAGACAAAGAGCCAAACCAGGAGUCUCAUAGACUAGCACUUGGUUUGAGUUCCUCAGGUCCCUUAAACCUUGAAGAUGUCAAAAUCGCAUACCGAGCUUGUGCGUUAAAAUGGCAUCCAGAUCGUCACCACGCCUCUACCAAGAAUGCAGCCGAGGAAAAAUUCAAGCUCUGCACUGUGGCAUAUCAAUCUUUAUGCGAAAAGCUAGCCACAAACUAAUAGGGGUCACCCUUGGGUUUUAAAUGGACACAAUGAUAGGAAUUUAGGCAAUAGCUUACAAAUCUCUUGUAAUUUUUAGCUCAAAAGCAAAGUACCUCAGGUGGGGGGUGUAGUGUACUCUGUCUUAGAAACGGGGCUGCCUUGGUCAGAUUGAAUCAUAUUUUAAAACCCUAUAUAGCAAUUUGUAACUCUCUAUUAUAAAGUUUAGCAUCUAAAACAAGGUAUUAUUUAAACA